CUUAUCCCAUGGAAAGCACUUUUAUGGCUGUCAAACUCUGAAAGAGCAUUCAUUUAAACAAUUUGGAUGUAAUUAAUAACUUUACUCUUAAUCAAUCCACUUUAGCUUAACAUAUAGAUAAGGAUAUAUGGUUUUAUGACAAUUACAGAAGAACAUUGAAUCUGCUAAAACGGCACAAAGAAAAUAUUCUCCGUAGUCAAACACACGAGCAGAUCAUCGCCAGCUCAGUGAGAUGUUCCAUGCAAGAAUGAAGACUUUGCAGACUACUUUUUUUUUGUUUGUGUUUGUACCUUUGAUAAAUUCAGCACCACCUAUACAGCAAGAAUCACUCCAGUUUUAUGAGUAUGAUACAGAUGUUACCAUGGGAAGCCUGAUCCAACAAGAUUAUGAUAUGCAAUCCAAGGAUAUAAGAAAGGAUGGAACAAAUGUUUCUCUUGACACUUCCCUCAGACUGCAAGGGGAUGACAACGAACUCAAUGUACCUCCAACAAAAGAUACAGAUUUACCUACUUGUCUGCUCUGUGUCUGUUUAAGUGGAUCAGUGUAUUGUGAGGAAAUAGACAUUGAAGCAGUACCCCCACUACCAAAGGAAACAGCAUACCUUUAUGCACGAUUUAACAAAAUAAAAAGAAUAGCAGCCUCAGAUUUUGCUGACAUUACUACCUUGAGAAGAAUUGAUUUCAGUGGAAAUAGGAUAGAAGAAAUAGAAGAUGGAGCCUUUUCAAAGCUUCUGUUAUUGGAAGAACUCUCUCUUGCUGAAAAUCGACUUCUAAAGCUUCCUGCUCUACCUCCCAAACUAACAACAUUUAAUGCAAACCAAAAUAGACUCAAAAGCAGAGGAAUCAAAGCAAAUGCUUUCAAGAAGCUGACAAAUUUGGCCUACCUCUACUUAGGACAUAACGCACUGGAAUCUGUUCCCCUUAAUUUACCAGAAAGCCUACGUAUUCUUCACCUUCAGUACAACAAUAUUACUACAAUCACCGAUGACACAUUCUGCAAAUCUAAUAACACACGUUACAUCCGCACGAGCAUGGAUGAGAUACGGAUGGAAGGCAACCCGAUCGUCCUGGCAAAGCAUGUUAAUGCUUUUUCCUGCUUGAGAACACUGCCUGUAGGAACAUACUACUAGCCACUGCUUCUGUAAUUGUACAUGCCAAAGCUUCAUGGGAGCAACAGAUAUUCUUCUUCCUCUGUUUACAGGUUUAUAGCCCUUCCCUUACUAAUGCCAUUUUCCUUGCAUAACCAGAACCUUUUACUGUGCUGAAACGUGGUUUUCCUCUGAAACAACUAUUUCAAAACAGCCACUUUAUUAAGUAGUCACAAUGUCACCCAUGUUUUCAGAAUUUUUUUCUGUUAAUGAAAGUGUAAAAAUACAUAUAUGCACACACACAUCUUCUCAACUUGUAUUUCACCACCUUUGUGUGUAGCUAAAGAUCACACAAGUAACUGUGUGUUUACAUUCUUUACCAGUAGCCAGAACAAUCACUACAUGGUAAUUUCAGGUAAAUGCAAAGUAUUCUUGGAGCAAGCUACAGAGGAAAAAUUAAAUCUAUCUUAAUCCCACUUUUUAAGUCUGAAAUACAACUUUUUCAGCUGACCUUCAAGAGGGUAUUGGAGGAAGCUACAUACAGAAGAAAGUUAUGUUUAGAAAUAGAAUUUCUCAAAGUUUAACUUCAUUAAAGCUUCCUUAAAAACUUCAUAUCUGGCAAAUGAGAAUAAUUCCUAUUUAGGCUUUGUGUACCAAAAGCAUAGCAAAUUGAACUUUUCAAAGACGUGUUAAACAUACUUCCACUAUUUUGUGUUCAAAAUAAUCUGAACGUGUGUGUGUAUUUCAUUUUUACACAAGGUAUUUUUAAUUGAAAUGCAUAAAUUCUGCUCAGCUCUACUAACAGGAGUAAUUUUUGUUACGUCAGCUUCCCAUUUUAGUACAAUGGUCCAAGUACAGCACAGUAUGACUCCAGGUAUCUUUGCUCUUAACAGUUUAUGUAGACCAAGUUCCUUGUUCCACUUCUUUUUCUUGACAAAGAAAUGUGACAAUACAAUUAACAGUAAAGCUGUUUCUACCUAUAAUAAAUAGAAUUCCAGCUAGAAGUCAGUGAAGAGAAACUGAAGUACCCUUGUACAACAAUACUUUCUCUCAUUAGGGAAAAAUCAAAUCAGAUCUUUAAGCUGGAAAGUUAAUUCUCUAAUCUAAAAAUAGUGUUAGCUUCAAGAAAAUUAAACUAACAUCAAGUGACUCAACUACUUUAAACUAUGCAGUAUAUUAAAAACACACUGAUGUGCAAGGCCUCAGAAGUCAGUUCACCUAAAACUAGACAUAAUAGAUACAUUACACAAUUUUUAAAAUUACGUAACUAUGCAUUUCUGACAUUUCAUUUUCAGUCUCUCCCCUCAUACCUACCACAGGUAUAAAUUUUUCAGAUUAAUGAAUGCCAGAAGUGUGCUAGUUACUAUUACCAGAUCAACUUUGUACUAAUUUCAAAGAUAGUAUAGAUUCCUAAUUUGUAGAAAUAGUUAAGCAUCAAAUGCAUGAUGAUGUAUCACUACGUCUAGAAUACUGAUUUUACAAGAUAUUUUAUUAGUUUUGUUUAUCUUAUUUAGCUAAACCUUGAUUUGUUAGUGCUUGUGCUAUGGGGAAUUAAGUGCACACUUAAUUCUGAACAUACUGAUGCUCUGUCACUAAGAGUGUUGAGACCCAAGUUACUUUUUGUCACUUUUUAAGUGCCUGUGUCAAGCAUCAUCUGUGGGCUCAUCUUGCUAGAAAGAGGAUGCAACUAUGACAUGCAGAACAAAAGUAUUUUUGCCCUGAACCCAUUACCCAAAGAAGAAAUUCCAUUGUUUUAAUGCAACUGGGAGCCAAUUAAGUCCAAAAAAUAAGAAUAAUUUUCCCAUGUAAGUCAUAAAACUUUGAUAUUCACAUGUUUUCAGCAAAAAGUAAAAAAUAACCCCAAAGCACAUAAAAAAACCAUUCCAUCUUCAAGCCAAAUUUAUACUGGGAAAAAAAAGCCACCAAUUCUGUCAUCCCACUUUUGAUAAAUGCCCAAGAUAGAGAAAAUAAAGCUAGAAGCGCAAGUGUAAUAAUAUUACAAAAUAGUGGUCUCAUCUUAUUCUCAUCACACAGCAUUUUACUAAUUAAAGCUCUUUCCAGUAUUAAUAGGAUCAGUAAAUAUCACUACAACUAUUCCUAUCAAAACAAUUGUGUAUACACAAAUACCUGCUCAUUUAUGUAAUCUAUACACACGUGUAAGCAUUCUAAGACAUAAUCACUGCCACGUUAUUUUGACAUUAAAAUGUUGUAUAUAGUUUUGAAAAAGUACUAAAUAUCAACAGUAACAUUAAUUAAUGUUCUUAAUAUUUUGUAAGCAAAUCAAAAUAGACAACUGGUACCUUGAGAAUGCCUCAUGCAGGCAAUAAAUUAUCUGAUAUGUUUUAAUUUACUUUUCCUAUUCAUAGCAAAUUAACUCAAAACAUUAAAUGAGAAGGGCUUCAGUAUGCAGGAUUUCUUGCCUGUUUGUGUGACAAGUACUACUAUGAAGCUGAAUGUACACCAUUUUGUUUACUUCUUAUCACUCAUUUCUGUUCUGUAUUUCUAAUAAAAUUUGAAUAUUUCUCUUGUGUA